UAGGCCUCCGAGACCGGGGAGUGCACGUCGAGCGCCGCCAGCAGCUUCGACGGGGAGCUCCCAAGCGUGGCCACGGAGCCGGCCAGCCUCAGCAUCGCGCCGGCGCUCGCAGCCGCGAGCUGCCCCAGCGCCGCCAGCUCCGCCGCCGCUGCGUCGUUGACCGGGUUGCGGACUUCCCGGUGCCGGUGGCGGAAAACGCGUUCCAUGGUGCCGAGCGUCUGCGCCCACGCCCUGACCCUCCUCCCGACCUCCCGCCGCGGGAGGCUUCGGCGGUCGUCCAUGUCCAGCAACCAGCCGACGUCAAAGCCGGCAAGCCAUUGACGCAGCGCGUCCGCACGCGGAGCGGCGGCGGUGGCGGUGGAGAAGGCUGGGAGGAGGAGGACCAUGCGCUGCAGGUGCUUGUCGACGUCUGCCAGGACGCAGGAGAAGGACGGGGAGAUCGGGCGGAAGCUGCUGGGGUCGACCUCGGCGGAGUAAAUUGCAGAAAACCACCAUUUUGAAGGCAAGUGUUGCGAAAACCACUACAAUACAUUUUUUUUUUGCAAAAAACACCGUGUCUACGGUAAUCUUUUUGCAGAAAGCACUGAUCGGCGGAUCGGGCUCAGAUAAGCUUGUUUAUGACAGGCGGGGCCCGUUUUUUGCGCACGUGGCACCGUCGGCCGUCCCGACAGCCGUUAGACGGCGUUUGACGGCGCCGUAUGCCUCUGUUUGAUGGACCGGUCAAAAGACCUGUCGGUGCUGCCCCCACUCCCCACUCUCUCUGCUCUUUCGCUCACUCCUCCUCUGUCUUGCUCCUCUGCUUUGCUCGCCGCACCCGCCGCCGCGUCGCCGCGCCCCCGCCGCGUCGCCAUGGUGUCCUGGAGCGAUGAGUCCGAUAGCAGCGAGCACACCGUGGAGUACGUCAGCUCAGGUUCUGACGACGGCAGAAUUAAGAUCCCUGCUACCACUGAAGACUCCGAUUUCGAGGGACUUGAAACGGAGUCGCUUGUUCUCUGCAAUGAACAUCAGAAGCCUGCAGAAAGGCGUGUUGCUUUCGAAGGAAUCCACACUGGCAGGAGGUUUCUUUGCUGUGCUGAGAAGGUAUAUUUUGAGUUAGGAAAGUGGAUCAGAAACAAUUGUUUACUCUGGCAGCAUCUUUUCCCCUUGGUCUGGCUACAUUGUUAAGUUAGGUCACUUUGUUUAGUGUAGCAUGCUAUUAAUAAUUUAAGACAGAAUAUGCAUGGGUUACUGGAGCAGGACAGAUGAUGCAACUUGUUUAGUAUGACAUGUUAGGUCAUUUGAUUGAUUUUGUUUACUUUAUAGCAGGACAACAUUGUUUAAGUAGCAUGAGGACAUGUUAAAGUAGUCCUCUUUUCAGCUAGCAAGCUCAAGCUCUGAAUUUGAGGAUAUUAAUUAAAUAGUGUUGCUUGGAAGCAUUUUAAUGUAUUUGUUUAUGUUAAUUCUGAUUUUGUUCAGGAAGGUGGAACUGUGGAUUAGUUAAAUGGAUUGAUCCAGCUUGGCCCAUCACCCUUGAGAAUGCAUUAACCAAGUUAUGGUUUAUGUAUGACAAAAGUAGGAAAGACAGGACUGAGGAAAAUCUUAUGCAUUCAUUUGCUGUUCAUGACCUGACACAAGAGAAGAAGAAGCUGCAGGAGAACUAUGAUAAGUUGGUUGAAGAUGUGAAUGGACUUUUGGAUGCUCAGGAAAGGAGGGCAGAGGUAGAAAGGAAAGAUCUUGAAACCAACAAGCUUCAGGAGAAGUAUGACAUGGUUAAGAACUUAGCAGCUGCUCAAGCAAAUGUCACUAGGAACAUGAAGCUCAAGCUAGCUGAAGAGAGGAAGAACUUGCAGAACCACAUUGAUCAGCUGAACAAGACAGUUGAAGAGAGGAAGAACUUGCAGAACCACAUUGAUGAGCUGAAGAAGACAGUUGAAGAGAGCAAUGUGAAGCUGGAGGGGGUCAAGGCAAUCAUAAAUGGAUAAGCAGGUGGUUGUGGAAGAGAAGAAUGGACAAUAUCAUUUGGCAUUUGCUGACCUUUUGCAGUGUGUGGUUUGGCAUUUGCUGUAAUGAUGGUAGUUUAAAUUGUAUGAACUAUGAGUA